AUGACGAGCGAGGAGUGUCCUGUGCCGCUGGGGAGCAUUUCCUCAGCAGUGCCAGGGCAGAAUGAGGAAUAUUGCUUGGCGCAGGCUGAUGACAUCAUUGAGGAAGUGGGUCCAGGUGACGAUGUCAGUAUCGGCAGUGACCUAAGCGCUAUUGUGGUGCCUUUCCCAGAGCUGGCGCCUGUGGUCUUCUUCUGCCUCAAGCAGACCACCUGUCCUCGCAACUGGUGCAUCCGUAUGGUUUCCAGCCCGUGGUUCGAGAGGAUUAGCAUCAUGGUGAUUCUUCUCAACUGUGUGACACUUGGCAUGUACCAGCCCUGUGAGAACAUCGACUGCACCUCGGACCGCUGCCAGAUACUACAGGCUUUUGAUGCAUUCAUCUACAUCUUCUUUGCACUUGAGAUGGUGGUAAAGAUGGUGGCCCUAGGAAUCUUUGGGCGUCGAUGUUAUCUGGGAGACACCUGGAACAGGCUGGAUUUCUUCAUCGUCAUGGCUGGGAUGGUAGAGUACUCACUGGACCUGCAGAACAUCAACCUAUCGGCCAUAAGGACGGUGCGGGUCCUUCGGCCCCUCAAAGCCAUCAACAGAGUGCCAAGUAUGCGUAUCCUGGUGAACCUGCUGCUGGACACUCUACCAAUGCUGGGCAAUGUGCUACUGCUCUGCUUCUUCGUCUUCUUCAUCUUCGGGAUCAUUGGCGUGCAGCUGUGGGCGGGGUUACUCCGGAACCGCUGCUACCUUGAGGAGAACUUCACUCUCUCUUCAGGUAUGGCCCUGCCAGCUCCGUACUACCAGCCAGAGGAAGAUGAUGAACGACCCUUCAUUUGCUCCCUGCCGUCUGAUAACGGCAUCAUGUCAUGUUCUGAUGUGCCGGCGAGGCGUGAAGGAGGCCGCACAUGCUGCCUGGACAAGGAGGACGCGCUCCACAGACAGGCUCUGGGCCUGAGUCCUGAGCCCAUGGCAAACGGUAGUGGUCCUGGUGAUGCAAUGGGUCUGUGCAUCAACUGGAACCAGUAUUACACCCGCUGCCACACAGGGAGUAGUAACCCCCACAAAGGUGCCAUCAACUUUGACAACAUUGUCUAUGCCUGGAUAGUAAUUUUUCAGGUGAUCACUCUGGAGGGCUGGGUAGAGAUCAUGUAUAAUGUAAUGGAUGCCCAUUCCUUCUACAACUUCAUCUACUUCAUCUUACUCAUCAUUAUUGGUUCAUUCUUCAUGAUCAACCUGUGCCUGGUGGUUAUCGCCACUCAGUUCUCAGAGACCAAACAGCGGGAACACCAGCUGAUGCAGGAGCAAAGGGCUCAGUGCCUGUCUUCCUCCACCCUGGCCAGCAUGGCUGAACCGGGAGAUUGUUACGAGGAGAUCUUCCAGCUGGUCUGCCAUGUCCUCCGCAAGGCUAAGAGGAGAUCGGCAGCUCUCUACUACACGCUGAGGGGCAAGCCCCCCCCUCCUGGUGGAGGCAGGGGUAACAGGCGAGGUGGAGGGAAUGUGAAUGGAGAGCGCCACCAUUCAAAGCACCCAAAAUUAUCCCACUGUCCGCACCAAAGCAAACAAGACCAUGAAUCUCAACCUCUAGCCAACUCCAUCAGUCUGGCUGUGCCCCAGAAUCCAGAGGACUGCCCUGUAUGUGCAUUAUCACUAAAAGAGGGUGCAAAGAGAGACUCGGCCAAUGGAGAGGAAGAUGAGGAGGAUGCUGUGAAUGACACGGGCAAGGAGGAGAACCACUUAGAGGAGAGGGGAGAUGGAGAGAGGAAAAAGAAAAGGAGGACAUGCUUUGGAUAUUGUAGGCACAUUUGGAAUGAAAUGAGGAAGAAAUUGUGGGGCAUUGUGGAGAGCAAGUACUUCAGCAGGGGCAUCAUGAUCGCUAUUCUCAUCAACACCAUCAGUAUGGGCAUCGAACAUCAUAACCAGCCGGACGAGUUGACAAAUGUCCUGGAAAUCUGCAACAUUGUCUUCACCAGCAUGUUCACCUUGGAGAUGAUCUUAAAGCUGACCGCUUUUGGCUUCUUUGAGUACCUGAGGAACCCCUAUAACAUCUUCGACGGCAUCAUUGUCAUCAUCAGUGUGUGUGAGAUCAUCGGCCAGGCAGACGGCGGUCUGUCAGUGCUGAGGACCUUCAGGCUGCUCAGGGUCAUCAAGCUGGUGAGGUUCAUGCCUGCUCUGAGGCGGCAGCUGGUGGUACUGAUGAAGACGAUGGACAACGUAGCCACUUUCUGUAUGCUGCUCAUGCUUUUCAUCUUCAUAUUCAGUAUCCUGGGGAUGCAUAUUUUCGGUUGUAAGUUCAGUCUGAAGACAGAAGCUGGAGACACAGUGCCUGACAGGAAGAACUUUGACUCCCUGCUCUGGGCUAUCGUCACUGUCUUUCAGAUUCUGACCCAGGAGGACUGGAACAUGGUGUUGUACAAUGGCAUGGCGUCCACCUCGCCUUGUGCUGCCCUCUACUUUGUAGCUCUUAUGACUUUUGGAAACUACGUGCUCUUCAAUUUACUGGUUGCCAUCUUGGUAGAGGGUUUCCAAGCUGAGGGAGAUGCAAACCGCUCUUACUCGGAUGAUGACAGGUCUUCCUACAAUUUUGAGGAGAAUGAUAAGCAGAAAGACACUCUGCAUGUAUCAGACCCAAAGAUCUGUACACUGACCCCUAAUGGGCACCUAGACUUGUCCCCACUGCCCGUCGGUCUGUUUCCAGGAGAGAGGCUGACCUUUGCUCUCGGAUCCAGGAAGAACAGUGUUAUUUCUCUUGGCAGGGCCAGCCUGGAACAGAAGGCUGUGUAUCCAGGUCGGAGUUACAACAACUGGGGCCGCCCACUGGCUCCCCAGCCUCAGGCCUUGUGGGCCCGUCGUUCCAGUUGGAACAGCCUGGUAGGAUGCCGUCCCUGCUCCUCCUCAUCUCCCUCUGCUAGUCCAGCCUUCACACCCACCUCUGCAAGGCCUUUCUAUGGCUACGGCCUAGGCAGUCUGGGAGGGGUGGUUGGAGGAAGCCUUCGUAUCCGGGGCCCUCGUGCGUCUUCGCCGAUCCCGCACGAGGAGGAAUCUCUUCUCUCUCCUCCUGCUGUUGCUCCCAAUGCUCUUCACCUUCCCCAUCCUAUGCUCCCGGGCCAUUUUCUACCCAGGAGGGAUCGCAGAGCUCUAUCGCUAGAGCUGCCCCACAUGCUACAGGUCCCAGGAGCCCCACACCCUCCACCACCACCACACCACCUGCUGCCCCAAAGGAAGAAGAGCUUCUCUGGGGGGAUGAUAAUCACUGGAGGUGGUGGUGGUGGGCUUGAUAGCCUGGGUGGCUUAGUAGGGGUUCACCAAGACUGUAAUGGGAAGACUCCACUGUCGCAGCUUCUCCAGCCCCCUAUUAGACACCCGAAUGAGCAGGCUGGAGGGGCAAACAAUCAGGGCCAGUUGAUGGCUGAAGUCUUCCCCCAGGUUAACACACGCAGCAAGGACCAGGAGGACCUGGAUGAUGAUAUUGAAUAUAGCUUGUGCUUCCGCAUCCAGAAGAUGUUAGAAGCGUACAGGCCAGACUGGUGUGAGAGCAGAGAGGACUGGUCUAUCUUCCUAUUCUCCCCACGGAACAAGUUCAGACAGAUAUGCCAGUCCAUCAUAGCCCACAAGCUGUUUGACUAUGUGGUGUUGGCAUUCAUCUUCUCCAACUGCAUCACAGUGGCUCUGGAGAGGCCCAAGAUACUACAGGGCAGCUUGGAAAGAGUCUUUCUCACCAUCUCCAACUACAUCUUUACUGCCAUCUUUGUGAGCGAGAUGACACUCAAGGUGGUUUCCAUGGGUCUGUAUGUGGGUGAACAGGCUUAUUUGCGUAGCAGCUGGAAUAUUCUGGAUGGAUUCCUGGUCUUUGUGUCUUUGAUUGACAUUGUUGUGUCCAUGGCGGGUGGGGCUAAGAUCCUGGGUGUACUUAGAGUACUCAGGCUGCUCAGAACAUUGCGUCCCCUCAGAGUGAUUAGCAGAGCUCCAGGUCUGAAGCUGGUGGUGGAGACCCUCAUCACUUCGCUCAAACCCAUUGGCAACAUCGUCCUCAUCUGCUGUGCUUUCUUCAUCAUCUUUGGCAUUCUUGGUGUUCAGCUGUUUAAAGGCAAAUUCUUCUACUGCUUUGGCCCUGAUGUCAAAAACAUCACCAAUAAGUCUGACUGUCUGCAAGCCAACUACAAGUGGGUCCACCAUAAGUACAACUUUGACAAUCUGGGACAGGCUCUGAUGUCCCUGUUUGUACUCGCCUCAAAGGAUGGCUGGGUGAACAUCAUGUAUCAUGGUCUGGAUGCUGUGGCUGUGGACCAACAGCCGGUGACCAACAACAACCCAUGGAUGCUGCUGUAUUUCAUCUCCUUCCUCCUCAUCGUCAGCUUCUUUGUCCUCAACAUGUUUGUUGGCGUGGUGGUGGAGAACUUUCACAAGUGCCGCCAACACCAAGAGGUGGAGGAGGCCAAGAGGCGUGAGGAGAAGCGUCAGCGGCGCAUGGAAAAGAAGAGGAGAAAGGCUCAGAAGCUGCCCUACUAUUCCAGCUAUGGCCACGUGCGCCUGAUGAUCCACACACUGUGCACAAACCACUACCUGGACCUCAUCAUCACCUUUAUCAUCUGCAUCAACGUCAUCACCAUGUCCCUCGAGCACUACAAUCAGCCUCAUUCACUGGAUCUCGCCCUGAAGUACUGCAACUAUUUCUUCACCUCCACUUUUGUGCUGGAAUCAAUACUCAAACUCAUCGCCUUUGGCUUCCGCCGCUUCUUCAAAGAGAGGUGGAACCAGUUGGAUCUGGCCAUUGUGCUUCUGUCAGUGAUGGGUAUCACUCUGGAGGAGAUUGAGAUUAGUUCCGCCCUGCCCAUCAACCCCACAAUCAUCAGGAUCAUGAGAGUACUACGGAUAGCACGAGUUUUGAAGCUGCUGAAGAUGGCGACAGGAAUGAGAGCCCUGUUGGAUACAGUGGUCCAAGCCCUGCCUCAGGUGGGUAACCUGGGCCUGCUCUUUAUGCUACUGUUUUUCAUCUACGCCGCCUUAGGAGUAGAGCUUUUCGGAGAACUUGUUUGCAAUGAAGACUACCCAUGUGAGGGUAUGAGUCGUCACGCUACUUUUGAGAACUUUGGCAUGGCCUUCCUUACCUUGUUUCAAGUCUCCACGGGCGACAACUGGAAUGGCAUUAUGAAGGAUACAUUGCGGGAGUGUCCACCAGACAAUGGCAUAGAUGUGGACUACGCCUGCAAUCCAAGCCUUCAGUUUAUCUCGCCCAUGUACUUUGUCUCCUUCGUGCUCACCGCCCAGUUCGUGCUCAUCAAUGUGGUGGUGGCCGUGCUGAUGAAGCACCUGGACGACUCCAACAAGGAGGCCCAAGAGGAGGCGGAGAUGGAUGCAGAAAUUGAGCUGGAGCUAGCCCAGGGCACCCUCUGUUGCAUGGGCGCCCCCGGCUGCGGGGGUGGGGGGGUUGAGAAAGGACUGGUCGCAGCUGCAUCGGGGCCUGGAUGCACAGCGGGGGGAAAGGACAGAGGAGGUGUAAGAGGAGAGAGGGGAGAUGGAGUUAGGAAGAUCCGACACGCAGAAGCCAGCGCUCACCCAGGAGUGUACAAUUCCCGCGACUGCAGCCGGACCCUGUACUCACCAGCACAAGAGAGCCAGUGGUUGGACAGCGUCUCUCUGCUGAUCAAGGAUACGUUAGAGGGGGAGAUGCUGAUGAUCGACAACCUCUCCGGUUCUGUCUUCCACCACUACUCCUCUCCUCCACCUGUCUGCAAAGACUGCAGGGGCCACCCACAAGAGCAGAUCAGGAUGGCAGAGAUUGAGCAAGCAUCACUGAAGUCAGAGCAACUCUCAGACAAGUCAUCAUCCCCUGCCCUGCCAGAUGACCUCAGCCUGGAUGAACAUACAGCCUACCAGCUGCUGGCACGAGAGGGCAAGGGAAGGGGCAGCAGCGACUCCCGCAGCUCUGAGGAGACCGCGGGUGGAGGAGGUCAUGUAGGAGUUCACCAGACUCAGAUCGUAGUGCAGAGCCAGGUGCAGGGGCUCAGCAAGCUGUGCAGGGCCCUCAGCAAUGGUGUUGAGAGGGAAACGACACUACAGGAGAUGGAGAUGCAAACACAUCAACCAAAUAUGUGCUCACCUCGGUGCAGCCCUGGUGGCGUUUCCAGCAGCAGCAACAAGGAGAUAAACACAGAAGGAGAAGAAGGAGCCAGUGGUAUCUCUCCUCUCUUACAUCUGCCUGCAGACUUCUUCCACCCUGCAGGAGCAGCCAUCCCAGCACCUCCCCGCAGUAGGAGCCUGAGAUUGUCCAGGGGCCUCAGGCUGACCUCCCCCGCCUCCUGGGCCUCACUACGCUCACCAGGAGCCCAUAGCAAGAUGCUCUGUACACAGUACCCAUCUCACAGUGACUCAUCCCUUGCAACGGGCAGCUCUGAAGGCAGCCUCCAGACCACCCUGGAAGAAGGACUGAGCUUCAGCGUUUCUCCACCACAGAAUUUGGAGUUGCCCACAGCUCCCUUGCCACUUGUGUGCCCACUUCCGCUGCCCGAAGACAGCACCACACUCUCUUCCCCAGUCCAGACCCUGAGACCGAGACAGAGCUCCUCAUCAGCUUUAACUCUCCAGGCCACUAGGGGCCACCAACGGAGCCAGAGCAGUGGGCGAGGUAGCACCAGCCCUGGCUACACCCGUGAUGACUCAAUUGACCCUUCAGAUGAGGAUCUGGGCAUUGUCAUUGGAUCAUCAAUUGGUGGUUGUGGCUCCAGCCAAGCAGGCAACAGUGAACACUUGUCAGAGACACUGAGCAGCUUGUCGCUGACAUCACUGCUGUCGCCCAGCUCUCUGGUAUACCCCGGAGGAGCAGUGAAGAAGUGCAAUAGCACAGGUAGCCUGGACCAAGGGGGAAUGCUGCUGUCAUCCCGGGGAAGGGAAGGCCGCAGAGAGAUUCUGGGCCUGGAGCUUAUGGACCCUCAAGGCUUCUUGGCCAACCCCUGGACAGGGGUAUUACCUGAGACAAGAAGAGGAGAUGGAAGAAGGGACAUAGGAGAUGGAGAGCAUGGGUUCAAAGGGAAGAGCUCAAGCCAAACAACAGUGGGGCCUUGUCGUAAAAACAGAUGAAACCUACCUAACAUUUUCUUUGUGUCUCCAUUCCUUGGAUCUAAACCCAUUGCUGUCCCUUGCACUCUCUCUGUUCCCAUCAAUGAGAGAGAGGCUUGAUGACACAUGAUUUCCUGUAUUCCUCAUCUUGCCCCUUCAACCCCUCUCUAUACAUUUGUGACAAGCCCAUGUCCUGGUUUUGCUACCUGGGGGAGUGAUCUUGGUUAUAGUCUCCUGGUUGAGGAUACACAGUAGCCUGCGGAGUUAAGGCCCAAGGGCUGAAGAUAGGCCCUUGUACACCUCUUGGGGCUGUAACUGUAGGGGGGGCCAUGGAAGGCUCUGCUCACACUGGGACACCAGGAGGCUCACUCAUAUCUGAGUUAGGAGCAGAGACAAAAGAGCUUAAACUCACAGACACAAGAAAGAGUCUUGUUGUUGCUCUAAUGUAGUUUCCUUUUCUCCAUGUCAGCAAGGUUAGAAAUGCAAAAAUAGAAAUUUCCAUACUGAAAUAGAUAUCCAUGCCAACAUAGACCGUUUUGAUUUGUUUAUGUCUGUGAGGCAGUGCAACAAGUAAGUGGGAGGAGGCUCAGAGAUGGCAGAAUAUAUCAAGGCGGAAGGAAGGCUAGGGAAGGAGAAGUCAGGCCAUUUGUUUGGCUGGGAAAGCAGAAAGCGGAUCUAAUGUCCAUCUGUUCUGGCAGACGGAACAACAGGUCCUAUUCACUCUGGCAUAGGACCUUCUGCUGAGAUCAGAGUAAAAUGCAAGGUGGAGGAGAGUUCGAGAGUGUGUGCUUAUGAUGUGUGUUUGUGUGUGAGAGCACUGCCUCAGGUAUCCAAGGCAUGAAUUAAAUCAUCCUCAUCACCUCACCAUACCUCUGUAUUUUCAAGACAGGAGAGUAGUAUUGACUGAUCAAAGCUUUGUGCCUCUGUCAACUCGGUCUUGAGUGGCAGCGGAAAAUGAAAAGAAAUUGAUGGAUUGCAGAGGUGUAACCGUGCAUGGAGUGAUUCGUGAAAUUGGUAUAUUUUUCAUUCUAUCUCCAGCAUCUCUCACUCACUCAAACUUGAAAAGAAAUGUUUAUGAAAGAGGGCUUGGUCGGAUGGACUUUACAAAGCCCCAUCUGAAGAAACAAUGAUGCACGUUUGUGGCAGCCUUGUGUGCACCAAAAAAAAAUUGGUUCACAGCUACAUAACAAAGCGAGACUUUAAGCACACUCGUUUUUUGACACCACUUCCUCUCACCAAGGAUUUGAGAUGAACGGACAAAACCACAAGGGAUGCGAGGGACCUCGACUGCAUGAUGGAAUUGCAUUUAACCAAGAUUUUUAUCAAUAUACAGAGUGUAUCAAGAUGUCAAUGUUGGGUGAUAACCAUGUGAUUUCUAUUCCACUAUUUUUGUAGAAAAGAGAAUAAGCACGUGCAAGUGUUGCCGUUACUUUGUUCCUAUUUCAUUUAAACCCAUACAGUCUCUUUGACUUGUUGUCUAGGACUUUUUGUCUGCCAGUGGCUUCCAGUUUUAUAACAUUUUUUAAGGUGUGGACAUUGUAUAAAACAACAAAGCAAAAAAUUUCAAACAAACUUUGUGCGCUGAAGUGAUUGUUCCCUCCAGCCCAUUUCUCUUUGGGAACGCUGGUUCCUCUUGGAUUUUUCUUUUUUCAGAUGUUGGAGUCCCAGGGGACAACCAGAGAUGGGAACAGCCAUAUUCACUCAGCACAUGAGGAUCGUUCUAGCUCACAGACAUUCCUGGCUGCACACAGGGAACUUUGUUUGCUUUUAGCCUCUUAUGCUAAAAAAAAAAAAAAAAAGAAGAAAAAAAACAUGAAUAGUGUAAACCAUCUCUAUGAAAGCUUUAAUUUGAGAAUUACACCACAACAUAUCGAUUACGAACACAUUAGUGUUCCUUAAGCAUGGUUCUGGGAUUGCAAUACAGUAUGCUUAUUAUUGAAAUGAUGCACUCAUCUUCUCUUCCCCCAUCUCUCCGCACAUACAGUAUGUUGUAGCAACCCUUUCACAUGCCACAUUGUUUCAUAUCAAAGGGUCACACUGUAACAAUGAACAAAACUUUGCAUCUUUUCAUGCAAAAUUACUUUGGCUUUUGCCGCUUGAUUAAUUACUCCAUCCAAAAAUGAGAUGCUCAACUUAAAGCCUGAUUUCUAGAGGUAGACUGUUGUAUCCCUAGUGUUUUGAUCAUUACCUUACUUUUUUAAUUUCUCAAAGAGAAUGAGGUGAUGUGAGAAAAUCCGAGGGGUUUUUUUAUCAUGCAAAAUCACUUUGAUGACUAUGUUUUAUCACAUGGUGUUGGGUAUUAAUGAGUGAUAGCAAAGACAGUUGUGUGUGUGCGUGCGUGUGUGUUGUUUAUGACUUCAGGUGAAGUAGUGAUUGCCUUUUCCUGAAGUGUCCUGUUUGUCAGUGGGGAUACCUGAGAAGGUUAAAGAGGGAUAACAUGAAACAACCAAGGGCUGUUUUAGCUUGAAAGAUAUAUCCUCUUAUCUUUCUGAGACAAAUUUCAAUGAAUAUGGAGUCAAAGGUUAAAGCCUGACUACACAGCAAUAAAUGUUCUAUGUGUAUGCCCUGAGUAAAUGAUGUCAAUGUGAUUUUUAUCUCCUCAGAAUAUAACAGUAUUCAUUACUGUCUGUUGUUGCUUCUACUUGUCUGAACUGAAAACCAAUCAGAUAACACCUCUGCCCUCUCAGAGACCAAACAGUCUCCCAGUCAGUAGUGAGAUGGGCCACAAUUGGACAAACAUGAACAAAUUAGCUUAUUGAACUCAGGUCAGGGGGUAAAAACCACUAGUAAAAUUUUAGAAAUAGCUGUAAAGGUGUGCUCAGACUCAACACAAAGUGAAUUUUCACCUCGCUUCAUGCGCACAACUAUAACUGCUGGAGUGCACUGGAGCCAAUGCACCAACAGUACAGAUGUUAGCUGUAGCUAGCUAACAGUAUGUGUGAGUGGAGUGUGCCUUUGUACAGUAUAUGUGUGCCACAGCUAAGACUGAUUUCAAAACUUACCACAACUCAAGUUUUUUGGGGUUUUUUUUCUUCUUGUCUCAACUGCUUGGAGAAAAAGCACACUUUUUUCACUCAAAUGUCAAUAUGAGCUGCCUGGAGCGAACAUGUGUCCAACUGCGACUCUACACUGAAUUUGUAUGCAAUCACGCUGCCUCUAAAAUUUGCUUUGUGUUCAGUCUGAAAACGCCUUAUGAGUGUACAAUUCACAUUUGUACAUAUCUUUGUAUGUUGAUCUGCAUGUGUACAUUGCUGCCAGUGACCAUGAUUAUAUCGUUAGUAUGCAUUUCAUAAAAUUGUACAAAGUUAGAGGGAAUGCCCCAGUGUUUUUUGACUGCUGCUAAUUAAUGCACACACAAAAAAUCUGAUGGAGACGCAAAAAGCUUUUUUCUUCCAACGUAUCCUUAAUAUGAUUGUAAAAUGA